AUGUCUUGGAUGAAGCGUGGACAGGGCGGCGCGCCACCGCCCGCCGCAGAACAGCAGCCUUAUGCUGCGUCCCAGCCGUAUGGGAACCAACAAAACAUGUUCACAAACUAUCAGGGUGCACCAGUUAGUACACAACAACAACAACAAUAUUGGCAAAUGCAACAGCACCAACAGCAGCAGCCACCCCAAUCACAAUUUAACCAGCAAUAUGGUCAGAUGUAUCAGCAGCAGGGCUAUGGAAAUAAUGCUAAUCAGUUUUAUCAACCGCCAAAUCAAUACAAUCAAAACUUUGCUAACCAAAACUUUAAUAACACUCAGCAAGGAUACCCACAAAACUAUUAUGUAAAUCAAGGAGUGCCUCAGCAAAAUUUUGUCCAGAAUAAUGUAAAUACAGAUAGUUGGGAAGAUAAUUGGGACUGGGGUUGGGAAGAUUCAUCUAAACAGAAACCGACUGCAACUCAAAGGCCAACACAAGAGAGUGUUACGCAGCCAAUAGAAUCGAAUAACGCAAACGCUAUACAGGAGAGCUUUGUACCAACCAACACAUGGAACUGGGCUAUGGAGGAAAAAAAAGAACCCCAAGAAAAGACAUCUUCAUCUACACUAGUACAAGAAAAUAAGGAACCAUCUGUACAUUCUCAAGUGAAUCCAAAACCUGAUGUUGCACCUCAGGUUGAGUCCAGUCAGGGUUAUGUGAGUAAUCCUCAAAAUCAAAACCCAUCGGAAGAAGUAAAAACCUUGAAUGAUAGAGAUGUGGUUAAAGAGAGAUUACCUAAUUUGGCACUAGGUAAGCGUUUCCAUAUAGAAAAUCUAACACCUCAAUGGUCAAUAGAGUCACAAAUGUCCCAAGAAUCUAGUGAUGGACCUCAAACACACUCUGAAGGGACUUAUAGAAGUGAAAAUCCAUCAAGAAAUUCAAGUAAGGGCAGUCCUGGUCCUGGCAACUCUGACAAUUCAAAUUUCAAUAUCUCUCAAUCUCAUUUAGAUGAGAUGUAUUCUCAUAGCAGUGAGUGGUCAAAGCAUUCCAAUGAAGAUGGCACUUUGAUGGAGAGUCAUAAAGGUAGUAGUAGCAGACGUGAAAGUCAUGAAGAAUUAUCAAGUUCCAUGCAGGAAAUGAGUAUAUCCAAUGCGGAAAACAUAGUUUCUAAUAUCACAAAAACUGACAAUGAACUUGAACAAAAAGUGUCCGAAUUUUUGCCACCUCCCCUCCAACCACCACUGGCUACUUCACCUGCUGAUUUUGUUCAGUCUGUUUCUUCAAAUGUACCUACAAAACAUAUUUCAUCAGCUAUGCCACCACCUCCACCAGUAUCGACAGCAACCCAACAACCUUCUACAGCAGCGACAGCAUCAGGGCCUCCUCCUACUAUUUUCCCUCCACCAACUACAUCUCAAAAUCCCUUUAAACAUGCAGGGCCUUUCUCUCACAAAAACAUAUCUAAAGCACAUACAAAUGUUCCAUCUCAGGCAUUCCUACCUCAGCCUAAUUCUAAUUUGUCUUCACCAACAGUAAUAGGUAAAAUCUCGCAAAACAGUAGAAUGCCUGUUGGCUAUGGAGCCAACUUAGAAACAACUCCUGACAAUUCAGAGAGACCUGAUCAACCGCAAGCAGCAAGCUUUAGGCCAAUGCCUUUAUCUCAGCAGAUUCCUGAUAACCUGGAAGUUGCUCCUCAGAAUGACCGGAAUGAGUAUUUACAAACAGAACAUUUGUCCAGCGUUGACUAUGGAGAAAACACAGAUUUUAGCCGAAACAUACCACCGCCUGGCUUAAGAAGGAUGGUGGUCGGUCAACAAGAAGCAGAGUACAAUCAAAAUUUAAAUGUUUCUGGCGAUGAACCCCCUCCUGGUCUAGCUCGUAUGGUUCCUGGACAACAAACUGAAUCUGACAGUAUCUAUAUUCAGUCUAACGACAAUUACAUGGAACGUCAUGUCGACGGUCAAAUGAAUGACAACGCAGUUCGCACUUUUAGACAAGCUGAUGGACAACAAACUUCAGACAAUUAUACUCAGCCACCUCCCAACAGAAGUUCUGAUAGAAGGCCUAUAGGAUUAGAUAGAAUGGUUCCCGGAGAAUCAAGUAAUAACGAUUAUACGCAGUAUAGUUCCCAAGGUGGGAACUACGGGAGUUCAAAUGAAGGGAGAGUUGUUACUGGAGUCGACCAUGACUAUCCGUUGCGUUCAGACACCGGCCCUACGGACGUACGCGAACAGAACGUUGAUGGGUCAGACUAUACUGAGCCAACCGUGAGAAAUCCUGCCCGAAACGUAAUUGGUUUAAGGGAACCAACUAACGACUCCUCAGUAGAUUUCGGCGCAGCGCCCGAGGAGCAACAGCGUGAGGUGACGAUGGAGGGAGAAAAUUUGCAGGACUUGAGUAUCAUAUCUGGAGCAGAAAUGACUUACUCAAGGGAACAGAUAUUCGAUGUGGUCAGUGGAAACAUCACCGAAGUUGGUAAAGACAGAAGUCACGAGGCUUCAGACUCCGUCGAGUACCCGGCGAACGGUUCGCGAAGACAAUCUGUUAACCGCGUUAAUACAUCAGGGGAGGAUUCUGAACGAGACAGAACAUUUAAAUCAUCUCCAAGAUUGGACAAGGAUAAGCAUAAGUCAUCAAGAGAUCGAGAUCGUGAUAGGGAAAAAGAUAAAGACGGUAGAUAUUCGAGAGGCGACAGGGAUUUUAACAGGGAUCCAGAUAGGAGGUCGGUCAGAGACGGCCGCAGAUCCGAAAAGGAUCGGAGGGACAGAGACAGAGAUAGAGACAGGGACAAGGAGCGUGAAAGACGUAACAGAGACAGAGAAAUGAGCCCCGAAUCGCGCAGACACAGACGAAGUACAAGAAGCCACAGAUACGAAACAGAGGACACUGACUAUUAUAGCGACAGGGAGAGAGAUCGCAGGCGCUACAGGGAGGGCUCAUAUUCGUCGAAGCCCCCCCGGCCGGACGAGAAGCAACGACAAGCGAGGCACGACGACCGUCGGCGGUACAAGACGACCGAUCGCGACGACUACGACGAAGAGGGCGGCACCAGGCGGCGCAGCGACCGCCACAGGGACCGGUACGAGAGGAGGUACAGGGACAUUGACCCCACCAGGAAGUACGGCAACUUGCGGCGGGAGGAGGAAGAGCGCAGGAGAGGCGAGACGUACUCUUCACCAUCGCGAGCCGGUUCCCGGGAGGCGACGGCGACAGAUGAGGACGCCCCGGACUCGGAGAGGAGACGCCGCGAGAGGGACAGGCGGCCCCGCGACCGCCAGCCGGACCCCUAUUACAUGGCAGCCGGCUACGGAAGGACAUACGGCGACCCGUUCCUGCUACAACGCCAGCAGUACUCGUACUACGAACGCCUACGACGCACGGACCCUGCGGCCUACACGCGCCUCUACGAGCAGCUCUUGGCCGCCCCCCACAACCUAUAUGCCGAAGCAGGCUACGGGCCCAUGGGCUACGAGGCCCGCGGCGAGGAGCGGGCCAGCGUGCACUCGGGCCGCUCCAGCGCCAACGGGCUCAAGCCCACCGACACGUACUACGGCGGGUGCCGGCUCGACGGCGGCUCGCUACGGGACGCGCCCUCGCUUCGCACCGACUUGUCAGACAGAGACCUGAACACCGACGCGUCCCUCAAUCUCCACCUGGAGGAGUCCACCGUGCGCUCCGAGCGAAUGACGCCCUUCAAGUUCUCCACCGCUCACAUCAAGGGCAGCGUGUCGGCGCAGCACCUGGUGGUGGUGCGCGCGGCGUACCCUGUGGACGGGCGGCCUGCCACGGUGCAGCUGCUGCCGCUUGCCACCGCGCGCAAGCACGACCCGCAGCUGCCACACCUGCUCGCCUACCCCGGCCCGCUGCUCAGAGGCGUGACGCACAAGAAGAGCGUGAUAGAGUACUGCAAGUCGCGCGUGAACCAAGCCCAGUUCAGCCGCGACCCGCUGGGCUACGUGCUGCUGUGGGAGCUGCUCGCGCUCAUGCUGCGCCAGAACGGGGUGGUUGUGGGCACCGACAUCGCCGAGUUACUGAUGAAGAACGCCCGAGAAUACGAAUACAAGCCUGCUAACAAAGCCACGCCGCGACCUGAGAGCCGUAACGACUCGAGCCCGUCGGGCGAGGGCCCGCGCGAGGAGCAGCGCGAGGAGCAGCGCGAGGAGCAGCGCGCCGAGAGCGGCGAGAGCGGCCCGCCCGCAGCCGCGGCCGAGGACGAGGGCGCGGCCCUGGACCGCUUCCGCGACCACCUGCUCUACGGCAACCGGCAGGAGGCGCUCGAGUGGGCGAUGGCGCGCGGGCUGUGGGGCCACGCGCUGCAGCUGGCGGCGCACGGCGAGCGGCGCGCGCGCGCGGCCGUGGCGGCCCGCUUCGUGGCCUCGCUGCCGCCGCAGGACCCGCUGCACUCGCUCUACAAGGCGCUGGCGGCGCACGCCCCGCCCGCCGCCACGUGCGUGGCGGAGGAGCGCUGGGGCGACUGGCGCCCGCACGCCGCCAUCCUGCUCGCCAACGGCGGCGCGCGCCCCGACCACGACAGGCGCACGCUCACGCAGCUCGGGGACAGCCUGGCGUCGCGCGGGCUGCCGUUCUGCGCGCAGUUCUGCUACGUGGCGGGCGGCGAGCCGUUCUCGCGGCACCCGCUGGCGCCGCUGCAGCCGUCGGCCGCCGCCACCGCCGCCGCCAACUGCACGCCGCGCCUGGCGCUGCUGCUGGCCGAGCCGCGCGCCGCCACGCUGCACCAGCUCGCCACCGACGAGGCCAUCUUCGCCACGGAGGUCUACGAGUACGCGCUCUCGCUCAGCCAGGAGGACUUCGUCAUCGAGGAGUUCCAGGUGUACAAGCUGGUGGCGGCGUGCCGGCUGCUGGACGCGGGCCAGUGCGAGCGCGCGCUGGCCUACGUGGAGCGGGCGGCCAGGGCCGUGACGCGAGCGCCCCGCCGCCACUCGCCCGCGCUGGCGGCGCGCCUCGCCCGCCUGGCCGACAGACUGAAGUACUACGACCCCGCGCUGCAGGAGGAGCCGCCGCUGAUGGACGAGGCGGCGGACGGCAGCGGCCAGCCCUCGCCCCGCCACCACCAGCAGUGGCUCGACGACGUCAAGCAGGUCGCCGACAUGCUGCAGGCGGAGGCUUGGCAACAACAGCAGACCCCGCAGCAUGGUGUCCAGCCAGAGCCCAUCUACCACGAUCAGACUCUUCAGUACCAGCAGCCCAUUCAGACAUACGCUAACGACGCCGAGGACAGGCCCGAUUACUCGGGGCAGUAUUAUCAGGCAACCCAGCAGUCCCAGCAGCCGCAGAUGCCUCAGAUGCCUCAGCCGCCUCAGCCGCCUCAGUUGCAGCACUACCAGCAGGAAGGCUCCUACCCCCAACACGAGCAGAGCGGGGGCGCCCACGGGGAGGCCGAGUCCCACCCCCAAGCCCACUCUUACGCCGAGGACUUUCCACGCGCUGAAGACCAAUCCCAGUCCUACGCAGACUCGUACUGGCAGAAUGAUUCUCACUACGGAUAUGGCGAGUCCCCGGGCGGCGGGGGCUCCGCUGGCGGGCUGCGGCGCCGCAGGGCUCCGCCCGGCGGGCCCGUCGCCACCUCGUCCCCGGCGCCGAACGCCGCCGAAGCCCCCCUGCAGCCGGAGGAGAAGCCCCGCCAGGGGAGAGGCCAGGGGGCGGCGCGCUGCGGCAGCCUCAUAGCCGGCACCGUGGACGCGUGGUCGCGCCUCGGCCCCGACGGCGCCUUCAAGCCGCUGGUCUUCGGCGGCACCUUCCCCAUCGACGAGCCCACUCCCCUGCGCGAGCACGGCGGCGCCUCCCCCUGCCGCUGCCCCUCGCCGUGGCGGUGCCCGCGCCACAGAGAGCGCCACCGCGCCGAGCUGCGCCGCACCGUGGAGCGCAGCCUGCAGCGCUUCGAGGCCAAGCUGGCGCAGCGCGCCUCCACUUUCCCCGUGGACGAGCCGCUCGAGCUGGAAGCGAGCCGCGACCCGUCGGCGCCCCGCGACCGCCCCGCCCGCUACUACCUCGCCGGACCCAAGACCUUCGACAUCGACGAGCCCCUCUCCUACGAU